GUGAAAAAGGAAAUGCUAUUGGAUCCAGGAGAACUGCAACAGUUCCAGAACCAUUCAUCUCAAAUGGCAGCCCUGGAUUUCAUGGUUUCAGUAGCCAGUAACACCUUUGUCCCCACUUAUUACGGGAACAUGGCAAGAGUCGUGGAAGGUCAUCGCAGAAUUGCUGGAUUUGCAUCAGAAUGGAACAACAUCAUGGAUGAGUUCUCGAGUGCUGUCAAAUUGGUCCAUGAGAAAAGAAUGGGACAGCCAACUCGUCGUAUAGUUGUUGUUGACAAGCCCAAGGAAGAAGAUUAUUUCUAUUCAAACCCUCAAGGGUGCCUUUGUGAAGGAACAAGUUGUGAUGACUUGCUAGGCCCUGUCCCUGGUAAUUCAACCACAACCUGA